AUUCCAGAGGCAAAUGCUGUGUGUUGUAGCUGGUUUUUUUACUCAGGCCCCUGUGCAGAGGGCAGCGCCCUGCCUCGAUCUGCUCGCCUGAAAAGGAAGAGGGAGUGGCCCACAGAGGAGGGGACAGAGGAGGAGCCUGCCCCUGGGGCUCAGGACCUCUGGGUCGUGGAGACCCUGUGCGGGCUCAAGAUGAAGCUGAAGAGGCAGCGGGUGUCUUCAGUGCGACCUGAGCACCAUCAGGCCUUCACCAGGCUGCUCGAGGAUCCUGUCAUUAAAAGAUUCCUGGCCUGGGACACCAAUCUGAGGCUCUCUGACAAGUAUCUCCUGUCCAUGGUGAUAGCUUAUUUCAGCCGCGCGGGCCUCUUCUCCUGGCAGUACCAACGCCUUCAUUUCUUCCUGGCCCUCUACCUGGCCCUGGACAUGGAAGAGAAUUACCACGCCCCUAAACAGGCCAUCUUGUCCUUCCUCUAUGGGGAGAAUAACUGCUCCCAGCGCCCCUUGUUCCACAAACUGCGAUUCCAGUUCUUCCGUUCCAUGGGCUGGAGGGCGAGGGUCACGCGGGAAGAAUGCGAAGAGAUCCAGGCUUUUGAUCCAGAGCUCUGGGUCUGGAAGCGAGAUCGCGCCCUCCUUUCUGAGACCACCUAA